AUGAAUCCGGACCACGUAACCCCGCCCGCCGGUCCAAGCACCGGCGGCAGCAGCAACCCCUCUUCCACCUCCAACUCUUCCGGCCCCGGCCCCGGACCUUCAUCCGCCCACCAUUCGGCAUCAGCAUCAGCAGCCGCCGCCGCAAAACGCUCCCGCGUCCUCCUCUCCUGCGGUCCCUGCCGCGCCUCCAAGCUGAAAUGCGACCGCUCCGAGCCGUGCGGCCAGUGCCUGAAGAAAUCCCGCCCGAACGGCUGCGUCUACGCGCCGAAACCCGAGAAGCAGAAGCCCGCCAAGGGCAUGGCGGCGCGACUCAAGAGGCUCGAGGGCAUGGUGAGGACGAUGAUGGAUGAGGGAGGAGGUGGCGUGGCGGGAGUAGGACCGCAGAUUGCUGCCGCAGACGCCGUCGUGGAAGAGAAGGGCGUCGCGCAGCCCGGGGGCCAGCUUGUUCAGGGGGGCAAGGCGAGUACGUAUGUUGGGGCUACGCACUUCAUGGCUAUUCUUGAGGAUAUUGAGGAUAUGAAGAGCUACUUUGAGGAGCCGGAGGCCGACUACGACGAGAGUCCUGAACCGUCAGACGAGAUCGAGGCCCCGGAUCUCAUGCUCUUUUCGAGGAACAUGCCUCGCAGCAGAGAAGACUUGCUGAAGCUGCUCCCUGAGCAGAAGAUUGUCGACAGGCUCAUCAUGAGGUACUUUUCCUCCCGCAGUCCAUCACAGCAUAUUGUCCAUAGACCAACUUUUGAAAAACAGUACGCCCGCUUCUGGACCGACCAGUCCGGCACCGACCUCCACUGGCUAGCCCUCCUCUUCAUGGUCAUGUCCCUCGGCGUCUUCUACUCGACCUUCAUGGCGCCCCACGAGCUCUCGGUCGACUCCCCGCAGCCGCCCAUGGACCGCUUCAAGCUCUUCCGCGCCGCCGCCGCCUACUGCCUCGUCUGGGGCAGGUACACCCAUCCGACCAUCACCACCAUCCCGCCCUUCAUCCUCUACGUCGAGGCCGAAUUCAUCAUCUCCCGCGCCGCCCAGAUGAACUGCUACGUCCUCUCCUCCGUCUGCCUCCGCCUCCUCCUCAAAAUGGGCCUCCACCGCGACCCGGACCGCCUCCUCGCCGCCGGCACCGUCAUCUCCCCCUACGAGGGCGAGAUGCGCCGCCGCAUGUGGAACAUGGCCGUCCAGCUCGACCUCCUCGUCUCCUUCCACAUGGGCCUCCCCAGCAUGCUCAACGGCAUCGACGCCGACUGCAGCCUCCCGCGCAACCUCGUCGACGAGGACUUCGACGAGGACACCCUCGUGCUCCCGCCGGCCCGACCCGCGACAGACUACACCGAGAUGACGUACCCCAUCAACAAGUCCGCCAUGAUGCUCGUCUUCGGCCAAGUCGCGCGGCAGUCCCACCUGCUCACCCCGCCGCCCUACGCCGAGGUAAUGCGCCUCGACGACCUCCUCAACACCUCGUGGCGCGCCGUGCCGCAGUUCAUGAUGGUCAAACCCCUACAGGAGUGCGUCACCACGCCGCCCAUGCAAAUCAUCCAGCGCUUCGGCCUCGCCUCGCUCUACAAUAAGAGCCGCUGCGUCCUCCACCGCCGGUUCCUCCUCGACCCUGCGCCGCGCCGCGAGCACGACUACUCCCGCCGCCAGUGCCUCGAGGGCGCCGUCGUCCUCCUCGACUUCCAAAACACGAUAUGGCACGCGUGUCAGCCCGGCAACAUGCUCAGCCAGAACGGCUGGUUCGUCUCCUCGCUCGCCGUGCACGACUUCCUGCUAGCCGCCACCAUCAUAUACCUCGCCAUCGGACACGAACCGUUUUGGGGUGGCGUGGACGGCAAGACCGGCGCAACGACGUCUUCGCCCGUGUGGAUGGCGGAGAUGAAUCCCCCGCCGACGAGGGCGUACCUCCUGCACCUCCUGCAGAGGUCGUAUUCCGUCUGGAUCGCCAUCGCCGGCGGCGUGCCCGAGGUGAGGAAGACGGCGGGUAUCCUGGAAACGAUGCUGAACAAGCUGGGGUCGCCGCCGAAUUCUCCGCCAGAGAAUGGCGGCGCAAAGGUAUCGUCGGCGUCGGGACUUCGUCAGAGUGACGGGUCGGAAUCAGCUGCUCGCUCCGCCCAAGACGACCAACAGCUUCUCGACAGUCUUUCAAUCAAAGACUCACCAUCGUUCCCUACGACUACGACGAAUCGCUUCCAGCCUUUCGAGUUUGUCACAUCAGGCCUCGGGCCAAGUGAACCUGGGCUCGAUCGUGGAUGGGCGGCCGUUGGCAAUGAAGAAAUGGACUGGCGAUACUUUGACAACAUUAUGGCUCAGCCUCAUAAUGACCCAGUCGGUCUCGAGUCACUCGACGCGUCCCAGCCGUGGUUCGAACGGUCACUGGGACCGGACGAUUUUGAUUUCUCUACGUCUGGUGCAUGGGACCCAAGCUUGGGAUAG